AACACAGAUAAAGUUCCUAUUGUCUCAAUGUAACUAUUGAUUUCCUACAUGAUAAUUGCGUGUCCAUUUUUGGUUCUGGCUAGCUAUAUCACAUCCAUAACUAGUAUAUUCUAGAUAUUGUACACAUGUCCUCCUUGCCUGUUGAAUGUUUGAAUUCUUAUCUACCUACUUGAGUUGCAGCAUUUUAUUUGUUUUGUUAUACUCAUACUUGACAUUUAGAUUAACACAAGAAAUUCCGAGCAUGAGGGAGUAUGGUAGGGAGAUGAAGGCUGGAAGCAACAUGAACUUUUUUGUGCAGAGAAUGGAAAAGAGUUAAAAGGAUUAAGGAGCUAAAGGACCAGAUUCUAUCAAAGAGGAUGAAGGAACAAUUCCUAACUGGCUGGUGGGAGUGACUGGAUAUAAGCAUCAAGAAGAGUGGUGAAACCAGAACCACCUGAAGAAUGUGGUAGUGGAUUCGUGAGGUCAUGGCAUUAUUGUGAAGCUGAAGAGAUUCCGAACAGCACUUAUCUUAGAGAUAAAACCUCAUAUGCUCAUAAGGUCCCUUGUUUUGAGCACAGAAGAGUUUGAGGUAAACCAUCGGCAAAUAUGAUCUUGUGAUGGUGGUGGAUGAUCAGCUAGUCCAAUCAGCUGACAUUUUUUAUUUGGAUGCCUUCUUGACCUAAUACCAUUCCUUCGGAUCAUAUAACUAUCAUGUUGUUGUUAUUAAUGCUUGUAGAUUUUGUACUAUGUGGUUCUUCUGUGUUCAGGACAUUUUUUUCUAAUGAACAGCAUCUGCAAGCAUCGCAAGAGGUGGUGCUGUCAACUUAUCUAAAAUUUCAACUUUCCAUGGUUUUAUGAUUUGCUACUCUCUCAUGUGCUUUGGAUGGUUGGGUGCCUGACUUCUGUACAUGCCAUUGCCAUACUGGUUAGUCCUGCGAAAGUUCAUAACAUUACCCUUAUCACUUAUCCAACUUCUCAUGCUCACAGGCAAUACGGGCACACGAUUAUAAAAAGAAGCAUAUGUUCUCGAUUGGUGAAUGAUGAAGCUCCAGGAGAUCUCUGUAUUGUUCGAAUUGGAUAUGUUGAUUAUGAAUUUGACACUAGUGGUUUCUUGGUAAAAUGACUACUGGGACUCUUUGAGAGUUAUCUUCAAUCAGAAUCUUUGCUACUAAUAUCAACAAUGUGGUUCACAUAUGGCUACAUCAUCAUGGAAAGCUCAACCAAACUGCUUUCAUAUGACUCUUGCAUUCUAGGUCUGUUAUUAUUCUUUUUUUUCUUUCAGUAACUAUUAUGGCAGGUCAAAACUGUUAAUAGCUCAUAUUUGAAGAAUUCUUUCGUUUUUGGUACAGUGUUAACUUGUGAUAUGGCGGUCGAUAUGGUCAAUAUGGUACAGUAUUUGAAGAAUUCUUUCUUCCUGGCGCUAAAUAUGGGUUUUAUUGCAUGAUUGCAUGUGAUAUGUAUGCCAGUUAAUUGGAUGGCUGUUGCUGUCCUUUGAUGACUCAAAGAACCUGCGCGUGAACAGAUCAGUGGGAGCCAUGUAGUCUAAUGCUUUUGGUAUCAGUAGCAUCUCUUCUAUGUUACUUUGUUCUUCACUGCAAGCAGGUUAAUGAUAGCAUGUGGCCACUGGUGAUGUUGAAGUUUCAUCUGUUAUAUCCUAAUCUUAGAGCUUUUCUUUCUCAUUCUGAUUAUUGUGGCCUGAUAUAUCCGAUUCUUAGACCGAGUGAUCUGACCCUUUCUAUUCAUUUAUCACUAGCAGUAAAGAUGUAGGUGUCAAAUAAACAGUUCUCUUCAUAUUAGUGGUAUAGUGCAGUUGGAAGAGAUCUGUCAAUUUAUAUAUUGAUCAUACUAAACCAGAGACACAACACUAGGGGAACCUACAGGAAACAGACUUGAGUUUGAUACUAGAAUUCAUACUUGGAAAUGAACUUGCUUCUUUGUAUGGAACAAUUAGUCUUUAUAUAGUCUAAUUCAAAUGUUCCCAGCUCAAACACAAUUUUGAUUGCAGUUGUUUCUCUAGCAGGAUCAUUUUCAGCUGCAACAGCCUCUCUUGCCAGAAUGCAGGUGAGGAAGAAACUGGUAGUAUACUGGUGUCAGCUUUUUUUCUAGUUGGUAAAUCUUGUGCCUUCACCCCUCCAAGUUAUUAUCUUUCGCCAUGAAGUUUAACAUCAACAGGACAAAGCAAUUUGAGAUCUCUUGACAUAAUACUACAUCUUUCAGUAGUGAAUGCAGGCGCUCCACUUUUAUAUUGCUUCACAUGAUGCAUGGUGUCUGAUGUCUCCUAAACUUGCAGUGUGGACUACGGUUGUAUGCAGCCUGGUAAUCAUCAAGGAAAGGACCACCAGAGCAUAUGUUUAUAUAUCCAUAGCUGCUCUUGUCUCAAAUGCUGAUAUGGUUUCUGAUGCAUCAAGAUCUAUCGCCCAGUCUUUCAACAUCAUCAUCAAACCGGUGGAUGAUGAAGGAUGCCAAGCCAGCAUUUAAAGCCUUCAAAUCAUUUGAGGGUGGCAAGGCAUGCAACUUUGGGAAAAGAGAGUCCGAGGAAGAGAGGAGCCAUGAGCUCGGGGUGCAAGUCUUCCCUGAGCUGCGUGGACGCGCGCGAGCCGGUGAGGGCCAACUACAAGAUCCUUUACAAGUGGCCGGAGUCCGACGUCGAGUUCGUGAAGUCGAUGGCGUCGGGAAGACGAGGCGAGACAGGUGGCCUUGACGAGAGGCGGAAGCGGAGCGCAGGUCCCAGCGUGGUGGAUAGCUACUCCUGCCGGCAGCUGUACUUGAGGAGCUACACCUUCACCAAGGAGGAGUCGGUCCCGGAGAAGACGAAGCGGUGCUUGAGAAAGGUCAAGGAGACGGCCGCCGCCGUGCCCCUCUUCAGCACCAGGAACACCGAGAAAGGUGGCAGCGUCGACAUGGGUAGCAAGCGGAGGAGGAAGGAGGAAAAGGAGAAUUGCGCGAAUACGAGGAAGCUAAGGGAGAUGACGCACUCCGCGCUGCACGCCGUCUUCCAUCGCCUCCUGUUCUGCACCGCCAGCGUCGACGUGGUGGAUUGAGGGCGACCUGUGCAGGAAGUAGUCGGCUUCUGUGUGUGUGUGUGUGUGUCCAAGUUCGGUGGUGUCAAGGCCUGAAGAGCAGAAUCCAACAGUCAUCUUCUUCCUUAAACCUUGUUGCAAGCAUAGAGGCCAUGGUUACAUCAAUGUAAUUCCAACAACAUUAAUGCAUAUCUCAAAGUUGUAGAAACUGUGUCUCUUCCAUUUCAUGUGGAGUUGUGGUUAGUACCGUGGAACAUCAUUCUAUUCUUGUUCAGCUCAUGGUUGAGCAUUGAAUACAAGGAAGAAGAGGAAGGAGACUUCCGGGU